AUGCUCGAGACCAGAGACGAAAUAGAGAUCAUCCCGAUCCGAGAGUCCGGCUGCUUCGUCGAGCCGCCUGUAGAUCAACCUCGUGGGGCCCCAGAGGCAAAGAAGCUGGCCAGAGCAAAUGCCAUCAGGCACGGCUAUGUCAAGAACAUCUCCGCUCCACCAUCGUGGGACAAGGGCGGCGGCUUCAACAAAAUCUGCAAAGAUAUCAUGAAUGAGAUGUAUGGACCGCAGAGCACACUCCGACUCUGGGCCGAUGGUGAAGCCACCGAAGAAAAGGUCGUGGUAAAGAUCACCAACUGGACCCUAGACCUUGCAGCUCUCGAGAAGUUUCCCCCGGCCCAAGAGACCACCGAAGCUCAAGCAACGCGCCUGGCCCGGAUCGAAACUUUGAAGCAGGGCAUCAGCACACUGCGGGCAGACGUAAAGCGAAUGUACAAGCGACAUCUUAUCUCUGCUAGCGAAUCCGCAGACACAAAUGUAUAUGCUAAACGCCAGCAGGCGCUCUGGCAGCCUCUUGCAGAGCACGACGUCCAAUCCGUCUUCGACCCCGAGGUCUUUGCUUCCCUUGCCGAGCUACGAUACGCAGAGCUUCUUCCCUACCCCAGUCGGGCGAAGGCCGAUCGCCUGGAGUUCUGGCGCCACCGCCUCACACCCGAUGUGAUCGCAUCGCACUUCUAUAGAAGUGCGGCUGUCGUGGACAUCAAGACUUUACUAGAGGAUCUCAACUACCAGACACUCUUCACGCAGCGUCUCCCAGUCAUUCUUGACCACAUCAACCUUUAUCUGUUCUAUAAACGGGACGUAUUGACGAACCUAAAAUCCCUCCCAGACCCCACCAUCCGACACAAUGCGUAUAUCCCCGACGAAACCAAGAACGUGUACGCACAAAUCCGCAAAUGGGAUAUUGCCUAUACCGCAUUCCUCUUGGAGACGGAUGGCAGCAUAGACUGGAAGGACCUUCCCGCGUUCAACGACUCUUGCCAACAGAGGCAAUGCUCCAAGAUGCCACUGGCACAGCGAGGUGACCUACCGUACGACGACCCUUGUUUCCGCAAUGCUAUAGCUGUUAGCAAGUUGUUCUUCCACCCUAACUCUCGCUUUGAGCCUGGCGCUCCAUACUACGAGUUGGUUGAGUUUAUGUCAGAGAACCGCGACCUACCUAUUGCCUUGGAGAUUGAUGAAGACUAUGUUGAAAUUGUUGAAGCUCCGCAUUCUGUGCCCCACACGCAGAUGGACGACGGACCUGGUGAGCCCAACACCGACAACUUCGUCGCUGACGACGAAGAAGCUGCGAUGGUUUCCGGCGAGAAGAAGCAGACCACGCGCGAAGCAGAAACUUAG